GCAUGUUGGGCGUGGUAUAAUGACGUAAUAUUAUUUAUCACAAAUCUAUGCCAAAAAAUCAUGGCUGACAGAGAGAAGCUUCUUCAAGGUCAACCUGAUCCUCGUAAUUACGGUCAGCCUCCUCCACCUUAUUAUCAACAAGCGCCUCAACAAACACAUCAAAACACGAUUAUUGUCCAUCAAGCUCAGCCUAUUGUAUAUCAGAGAAGAAUUGUUGCCCCACCGGAUUAUACCUAUCUUGCUGUCAUAGCUGUCAUCUGCUUCUUCCCACUGGGUCUCCUUGCACUCUACAUGGCUAAUAAGACUAAGGAGAGUGUAGCUGCUGGGAAUGUUGGCAAUGCUUGGGGGGAGGCAGUGGCUACAAGAAUAUUGAGUCGUGUUUCUAUAUCAAUUGGAACUCUUCUGCUAGUAUUGAUAAUACUGGCUAUUGUACUACCAAUUACUAUUGGCAGUGAUGAUGAUGACUAAAUAAUUCAAUAAAAAACUUUCAAUUGAACAUUGCCGCUUUAAUAUUUGAGUCUUGUCUACUUUUAGUGCAACUAUAUUGAUAUAAUGGCUAUUGUGUUAUUAAUAAUGUUUAAAAUUUCAAAAAAACAAAAA